AUGCUAAAUGUUCUUUUAUCUAAAUCUAUCGCUCAUAUUCGUUUGUUUACCGAAGAUUUAACUCGUCUAGCAGUGUAUCUAAUUCAGCAGCAUUCAUUUCCACCAUCUUCAACACAUGUCUAUGAUAUUCUACCAUCUAACUCUACAUCAUUGACAACUCGCACCCCAUUAACGUUACAGGAUAUCUUACCUGAUAUGUCCAUAUUACUAACUCAAAAAAAACGUGCAACAAUCGAACGACGUCGUAUUCGUCGUCACAGUGAUUUACCAAUGAAUCUUAUGGUUCGAUUAGGUACACCACGAAAUGAUUUAACACAAUGUUUAGAUUGUGGCUCAUGGCAUGAGAAAAAGACAAUUUGUGGUCAAUGUUAUGAUCGUAUACGAAAAGAAACGGAAUCAAUGAAACAAAAUUUAAAUCAAGAUGAAUUUAAAUAUAAUCAUCCACAACAAGAAAUUGUUUAUUUAUAUAAAGGUGAAGAAGAACAACGACAAUAUCAUGAAGGAAAACGUAUUAUUGAAAUUCCAAGAGAAAGACCACAAUGGUUUUCAAAAAGUCUUAUACCACGAAUAAAUACAACAAAAUAA